GCCAGUCAUGUGGCCAAGUGACGGCGUGCCGGUUCCUGUUUGACUGUUCUCCUGUGAAGGUGACAGCGUGCAACAGCCUCCAUACUGCUACUAGAAACUUACGCGACAGACCCUAAAAUUGAAGAUGUCGACAGUGUCCGCUGCUGCAGUGGAGCCCGCCGCCGUUACAGAGAGCGGUGAGCAGAAGAAGCCACUUAGGCCUUGCUGCGCUUGUCCUGAAACCAAGAAAGUCAGAGACGCAUGCAUCAUCGAAAAGGGUGAAGAGAACUGCACGGAACUCAUCGAGGCUCACAAAGACUGCAUGAGGCAGCUGGGAUUCAAGAUUUAACUGCUUGAUUAUUUGUGUGAAUGUGCGUGGAAAUGGAUCAAAACGACCCAGGAAGUUUUGUCCAUCCUUUUAAUUUAUUUUUGUAUGUGUAAUCACUGCAGUUGGAAUUUGAAUAAAAGUUCUAUGCAACCA